UCACAGUCACUGAACUGUCAAGUUUGGGUGUCAUGUAAUUUAAAUAACCGUGUAAUUGUUGAUAAAUUAAUUUUCAUAAUAGUUUACAUUUUAGUAUAAAAGUAUAAUACAAUGUUAAUACCGACGUGUUUAAUUAAACUCUGUGAGUUGAUGUUAACAGUGGCAUGCCUAACAUUACACCACUACAGCUAUGACCUGACGGACGUGCCCACGCUCAUGCUAUGCUCCGGCACAUACGUCGGCUAUGUGGUCGUGCUCUCCGGAGAGAUCGUAGGCGAGGCGGUGUCAGCGGCGGCGGACGCCUACGUGGACGCGUGGUGGUCGGCCAGCGGCAGCGUGCUGUUCGCUGCCUGCGGGGCCCUGACGCUGCACUCGUGGCGCGACAUCCCCCCGCACCCCCGCAGGUCCUACGCGCAGGCCGCCGCUAUCUGCGCCCUCGCCAACGCCUCCCUCCUCCUCAUCGACGCGCUCAUCGCCGUAUGCUCCGCGCACAAGGAAGAAGGCAGCACCAGGACCAAGUGUCCCAAGAGUGCUACUCCGUGUUAAAUUGUCUCAAUAAAGUAAUAAGGGCUUCUGUUGUAUUUAUUGCAUUGCUCAGUUAUCUUUAAUGAUGUUUUGUAUUAAGAGUUGUAAUUUUUUAUUAAAACAUACAAUUGUCGUUA